GCACUGAGCCAACACUAAAACUUUGAUUUUCUGAUUAUCUUUUAAACUCAAAAGGCCCACCUGCUUCUCAUUCCUGCUUCUGAAGUGGACAUACUGGUUUUUCGUUUUGUUUUUCUGCUUAACGAAGGGCCAGAAUCACUCCUGCUUGACUAGUUGGUGAGCAGGGAUUUAAAGCCAAUUGGAUUUCUAUCGUAAAGGGUCUGGUAGACAACUUUGGAACAGCUUCAGAAAUCUGGCUCCAGGAGAAACAUCUAAUUAUUGGAGCGUAAAGAGACUUAAGUGGAAGCAGGAGGGGCUGUCUGUGCAGAGGACAUAUCAGAAGUCAACCUUCCUGGGGGGGGGGAAAUGCCUGUGGCCCCCACUUCAGGCCUAAGGGCCCAGAUUCCUUUUUAUUUAAAGAUUACAUUUUAAUUACAAUUAAAAUCUUUCCUCCACUUGGCACCAUGAUGGCAACUCCACCGUUCAGAACCCGGGACUGUGACCCGUGCUCUGUUCCCACAGAGACGUCCGGCGCUCCACAGCGAUGGAGGAGGAGACCGAGAAGCGUAGAAGGCCAAGGGCUUGGCGGAGUUACUUUGUGGGCGCUGCCUCCAGCAGCCUCUCCACCCUGGCCACCUUCCCUAUAUACAAGACCAUCUUCCGCCAGCAACUGCACGCCUUCUCCGUCCCCAAAGCGGUGCGCCAGCUGUACCACGAAGGCUUCCGCCACAUCUACCGCGGCGUCUUCCCACCACUCAUGGUCAAGACCCUGCAAGGAACAUUGAUGUUUGGCACUUACAACAGCUGCUACGACUUCCUCUCGGCUCAGCCCUUGGGGUCCUGGUCCCGGAGAGCCGUAGCUGGGCUGUUUUCCGGUUUCUUGGAAGCCUUGGUCUUCUGUCCCUUCGAGAGGGUGCAGAACGUGCUCCAGGACGGGAGGAAGAUCCAGAGAUUCCCCACCACACGUCACAUCCUGACCACCUUCCGUUCCUACCCUCUCGGGGAGAGCUUCAGCCUGGGCUUCUACCGAGGUCUCGGGCUUCUCCUGAUCCGCAACGGCCUGGGGACUUCCCUUUAUUUUGCCCUGGAAGAGCCCCUCCGUAGCAGCCUCUCCGCACAGAGCUUGCCUCUUGGGAUCCCAGCCUUUCUGUCGGGCAGUCUUAGUGGCACUCUGGUCUCCCUGCUGCUCUACCCUCUUGGCAUCCUCAUUGCCAACGUGCAGUCCCAAGUGGGGAGGCAGGAAAUCCUCGGCCUCUCGGCCACGGUGGCUGAGAUCUGGCAGAUCCGGGGAAGACAAGCCCGGCUGUUGUACAGGGGCGGGUCGCUCCUCAUUCUCCGGUCAAGCCUCACCUGGGGGCUCACUACAGCCAUCUACCAGUACUUGUCCAAGGUCACCAGCUAAGGACUGGCCAAGCCUUCAGAGCAACCUGCCAACAUGGUGGAAAUGGAGAAAGUGACAACCUGAAGGAAAUGAGAAUUGCCCCCUCCCAAUGGAGUAAUCUAUCAGGAUGGGGAUGGAGGGGGGGAGAAGCGCAGAAUGAACUCAGAAUUGGGGGACUUGGUUCACUUGGGGACUCUGUAGAAAUCUGAAGAUUGCGAGCACAUCUGGACUGAUUUCACCGGCGCUCCAGACAGCUCUGCUUUGCUCUCAACUGGAUCCCAGUGGCCUAGCAGGAAGCAUUUUUUACUUUCCUGCAGGGGCUGCGGGGG